GAAACACGAACUAAGACUUACGCACUCCUAUCGAUGGCCACCAGUCCUGUCGCUUGGAAAACACACUUGCGUGUUGUGCAUGAUUCUUCAUUGGGUGAAAGAAUCGGUUGCACAGAUCUGGUUGUUAUUUGAGACAACACCAAUGAAGAAAGCACCUAAAUGUAUCGUGUUUGCAAUUGACUAAUAACGUCUGAAGCGAAAUGCGUCCUCCGAAGUGCUGGGGUCUCCUGAAUGCCCUUGUUCCGGACAAGAUCCCUGCUGAUAUCCCUCUGAUCGGUGUGCAAUGCGAGUGUUUGCUGCUCAACAAUCUAGUCGAAGUUACUAUCAAACAACGAUAUAAGAAUACUUCUGCCAAUCCCAUCCAAGCAAUCUAUGUUUUCCCCGUGGACGAUGAGGCUGCUGUCAACGGAUUUACCGCACAUCUUGGCCAGCGUACCGUUCGCGGAGUGAUUGAGGAGCGCAAAGAAGCACGUCAAGCUUAUGGUGCGGCGUUGGCGGAGGGUCAUGGAGCUGCUCUCUUGGAAGCUGCUGGAUCUGGUGCGUUGAAGGUCCAGUUGGGAAACCUGGAGGCUGGCAAUGAAGCUGAGAUCUGCAUCGUUUAUAGCAGCUUGUGCAGUAUCGAGGAGAAUGCAGUUGUUCUCCGUAUUCCCACAACUAUCAAAGAACGCUACAUGCCAGCAUCAGCUUGGGAGACUUUGCAAACGGAAUGUCAGCCAACAUACCGGCGUAGUGGUGUAGACUAUGGUUUGAGUUUGCAUGUAGACAUGCACAUGCCAAGUAGGAUAGUGAGUGUGUCCUCGUCCACACAUCCACUGAAUGUUAGGAAUGAUGCUGAGGAUGUGCAUCACUGCACUGCCAAGUUGGGAGUGGAGAAAGUGGCCAUGGAUGGUGACGUGAUUAUCCGAGUGGAGCAUUCUGACUUGCACAAGCCUGCUGUAGUUUUGUCCAGUCAGGCUGAUGUUGACCAAGGCAGCGCCGCGCUAAUGCUGACAUUCAUGCCAGAGUUUGAGGAUUCCAUAACCGAGCAAGCUGAGGACCUGGAGUUUGUUUUCUUGGUGGAUCGCAGUGGAUCGAUGGGGUAUGGAGGAGGAGUAUCAACUCCUAUCAGGCAAUGUCGAGAUGCUCUUCAGCUUUUCCUGAGAAGUUUGCCCGAAGGCUGUGCAUUCAAUAUCGUUGGCUUCGGGAGUCGCUAUGAGAAACUGUUUGAAGAAAGUCGCGUGUACGACUCCAAGAGUCUAGCAGACGCAGCCACCUACGUCUCAAAACUGGACAGCAACAUGGGAGGUACGGAAAUUCUCACUCCAUUAAGGGACAUCCUGACAAGAACAAGCUCCAAGCCCAGUCAUGGGUUAUUGUCCAAAAUGAGGGGUGCAAGUAAAGAUGAACAUCGACAUCGCAAGCUGUUCUUACUAACGGAUGGUUCUGUGGGUAACACUGCCGAGAUUAUUCGUACUGUCAAGGACCAUGCUCAGAGUACACGGGUAUUCACAUUUGGUGUCGGCGAUGGAGCUGCUACUGACCUUGUUCGUGGUGUGGCUCGUGCUGGUCGAGGAGAAGCCUGCUUCAUUCGCAACGGAGAGCCCAUCGAUGAGAAAGUGAUCAGUCAGCUGUCAAAGUCCAUGGAGCCAACACUGGAAGAGCUGGACAUAGACUGGGGAAUACUUCAGGUGAAAGAGCAGUCUCCAGCCAAGAAGGAUCUUGCACCAAUCUUCAACAACACACCAUACAUUGUGUUUGCACUUCUUUCCAAGGACAGUCAACACCAAGGUCAAGUCACAUUGAAAGGCAAGAUGAGCAAGAAAGCGGUCACGUUCACCGUGGAUGUGACGCCAUGGACAACAAGUCGAACGGAUUGCCGCAUACUUCACAGCCUUGCAGCAAAGCGCGUGAUUCGAGACUUGGAAGAGAAAGACGGGCAGAGCAAGAAGGACAUUAUCUUAGCCCUGGCGUUAAGGUACGAGGUUGUAUCAUUGCAGACAUCAUUUCUUGCUAUUGAGGAACGUGAGGAGAUGAAGGAAGGUGUGAUGACUACUGUCAGGGUACCACUCUCCCCCAUCAAGGCCAUGCCUGUUCAGGAGCAAGAGCAAGUUAGGUGGUCACCUCUUGCGCCACUUCAUGGAGGAGGACUGCAUGAUGCAGGAUCAGACUAUGGUCAUUUUCAAGGGGAAAGUUGUGAGGAGUACUGUUAUGAUGCUCUACAUGUAUGCACGUUUGAUCGACCUCGGAUGCGCCCGACGGCUAGUUAUACAUCAUCACCCGAGAGUGGUGGGUGGAUGGAUCAGGAAGAGUGUUGCUUCCCAGAUCCUGAUUCACCAAAUCUCACUGUGUCAGCUGAUCACCAAUCGGCAUAUCCACUGCAAACGAUUGCAUCACUCCAACACGUUAGUGGCUACUGGCUACUUGACGAUAAGCUGUUGGCCACGGUUGGACUGUCGAAGAGUGAUGUCAUGGCUGCACAACCCAGUACACUGUCUUCAUCAUCAUCAGCCGAACUCACCUCUAACGUAUGGGCCACUGCUGUUGCACUGGCCUAUCUACACGUGAAGUGCGGUAGCAAGGCAGCUGCAUUUUCGCUCAUGGAGAAGAAGGCGAAGAGAUGGAUGGCAGAUCAGAUAUCAGCGUCGUCGCCUGCAGUCGCUGAACUGAUUGCCACUGCAAAGUCACUGUUCUAGAUACGAAGUUUCACCAAGACAAUCAUAGCAUGGAGAAGGAAAUAUACUUUGUGAUCGUUCAUGCGAGUACCUCAUCUGACAUGUGUCUAUUUUAAACUGCAUGCUUGUAGUGUCACUCCUUGUCUGACUGCAGCUCUUACUCAAUAUUAUUGUAGUGUCACUCGUUGUCUGCAUCUCUAACUCAAUAUUAUUGCAGUGUCAGGGAAAUGAACGGCUUGUGAUAGUUUUGACCUUCACCCUCACUCAAUGAUUGCAUGCAUUUCACACCACUCUCACAUGCAGACAGUAUUUACACCAUCCUUCUAACUUGACACUUCGGUUCUUUUCACAUUCUCAUUGGUAUUCUCUCCUUUUUAUCCCUCGUGUUCUUCUCACAUUCUCAUUGGUAUUCUUUCUACCACAUUGUGCUGUAAAACAAGGCUCCUCUCAGUUGAGAGGGUGUGUUAUUUCCAAGCUACUAAUGCAAUCUACUACACAGCUUACUUUCUCUUGUAAGUUUCUAAACCUUUCGUCCUUUCGUCCUUUCGUCCUUUCUUCUUUUCGUUUUUCACAUUUCCUCUAUGCUUACAUUGGGCGCUUUCGAUUACACAUUUGGGCCCAGG